CGACCUUGCACUUUAGCUGCCAGUGAUGCGCGCGAAUCCCCAGAGCCACGUCAAUUUCCUCUGAGCGACCGCCGCCAACAGAAUCAAACCAAACAUCGACAAUCCCCUUGUUUAGAUCAGCAUUUUCACUACACUCAAUGAGCGACUGCCUAAAUAUCUCAUCAAUCCGGACCCUCGGCCAGCUCUGAGCGCGUCGCACCCGCCGCCGCAUCGACAGUCACACAAAUCCGAACACGAGCACACAAAAACCCCACGAUGCCGGCGACGCGAAAGCGAGCGUUGCCCGACGCCGACUCAGAGAAUGUUCAACAUCCAGAGCCACCGUCCAUGCUGCAACGCAUCAGGAACAUGUGGCAGUUUGCCAAUCUCUUCCAGUUUAUCUUGCUCUUUGGCAAGGCGCUGAAGCUCGACGACAAUCUUGACAUCGAGGACCUGGAAGCAGAAUGCCUCAAGCCGGGAUCGAUGGCCCUGCAAAACAUUGGUCUCGGGUUUCUCAAGUUUCUCUCGUCUUACCGCGGUUUGACCCACGAGCUUUUCGACGAGUAUACGAGACGGCAGUACAUUAGCAAGGCCCCUGAGAAAAACCCAUUCGGCACUGAGGAGACGGCGGCUAGAUUCGCCGAUUUUGAUGUUUUCACCAAGGUUCGGGUGCUGCAACAAAUGACGCAGUUCAUCAUGAUGAGCCCGGAACGACUGCGAGAGAAAACGGAGGAGCAAAAGGACAUGGAUCAGACAAACUGGAGAAUCGAGCCUUACGGGUGGGACCAUGAAGACCGCACUUACUUCGUCCUAGAUGACAACCGCAUAUAUCGCCAGACAGAAGCGCCGCCGCCUCCUACACCCAAAAAGGGACAAAAAAAGGGCAAGGCGCACAGUCGAGCAAGCAAGAGGCGGCGUGUCUCGGCUGCGGCCGCUGCCGAAGACAACACUGACGAGGACGGCGAUGAAACCCCCAAAAUCGACACAGCGACCGUGACAGAAGACGACGGUCUCGGAGGCAUGAAAUGGGAGUGUGUGGCAGUAACCCUAGACGAAGUGCGCGGGUUUCUAUCUACGGUUCAGACGACAAGAGACAGCAACGAGAAGGUGCUGCGAGACCAGAUUCGUGACCAUCUUGUACCGAUUUUAGAAAAGCAGGAGGAGUCGCGGAAGAGAAAGCAGAUUCAGCGGGAAAAGGAGCUGCUAAACCUGGAGAAGUUGGCACAUGCCAAGCGGUCCAGCCGCAUCGCUGGCAAAGCCGAGCAACAGAAGUUUGAGGAACAGAGCCGCGAAGAGGAACGGAAGAGACGCGAAGAAGAGGCAGCGAAGCGGAAGGAAGACCUGGCGCGGGCUAAGAUGGAGCACGAGAGGGAGAGUCGUUUGAUGUCAAGGGCGAAACGACUGAAGGAGCGAGAAGCCCGCCGUUUGCAACACGAAGAGGAGCUCGCCCAACUGUCCGAGGACAGCAGGUCAACGAUCACCGGACCCGGGCGCAUGUCAGAGCGGCGUCGGCUGGCCGAAAUCGAGAAGAACAAGCAGGCACUCAAGGAGAUUGAGGAGGAAGAGGACGACUGGAUUUUCGACUGCGCUUGCGGUGUAUACGGUCAGAUCGACGACGGUUCGCAUAGCGUUGCUUGCGAAAAGUGCAACGUCUGGCAGCAUAGUAAGUGCCUUGGUAUCGAUGAAGCCGAGGCUGACCAGGAUGACUUCCACUUCGUAUGCGAAUCCUGUCAUUGUCGUGGGCAGGCCGAGAAAGAACAGCGACCGAGGAUCAUAAAGAUUAAGGUCAAUCGUCCGGGAUCGUCGUCGUCGUCACCGCCCCGUUCGCCCGUGCAAGAUUCGGUGGAAAAGAGCGCCUCUCCACAACCUGCCCGAGCAAAGCUCUUCGUCGAGCUCGAGCCCAAACCUCCGUCGGGCCAGCCUCGACCAAACGGGACUGAAACCUCUGGCGCUGUCGCCAGCGCUGUCACUCGGGACACUUCGACUGGCCUGGGACCUCAAGUUGGACCGCGCAACAUGAACGGCUCUAGUGGGGGUGCUCUCGAGACUGCCCUAGCCAAGUUGCCACCAAACAGAUAUGAUAGUAACGCCUUCUCGUUGCCACACCCGAAUCUAUCCCCCCCAACACAGUCGGAUGAUAAGACAAAGGCUUACGACACAUUAUUCAACCACUCGACCCCGGCUCCCGUCCUUGGGCACAGUAAUCAAACUCACGUACGGGACAAGACUCCGCCUAGCCUUACCGGAAACGGCAACAAUCCAUCACCAUCAAAGCAACCACAACACCGAUCCGCUGUCGCAACAAAGGAAUCUCCGUCUGCCCCCAGAGAGUUCGGGGCAAGAUAUGUCAAUAGCACGCCCUCUGGGCCAAUAGUUUUGCCACAACUGACGCCAGUCCAGUCCUUUUCCGAGUCCGAGCGCAGAUUGGACGAGCGACCCUCGCCAUUGCCACCCUCUCGGGGUGGCUUGUCUCCCACCAAGCAAUCCCCAGCUAUAGCGCCAUCUCAGAGCAACAGCAAUAGCAACAGUUUCAGUGCUGCUCGGGCAGCGCCCCAUUCUUCGGCUGUUGUUUUCCCUCCUGCGGCGGCGCUAUCGCCCUCUCCGCAGCAGCAAAUCUUGACACCUCCAGUCAAGGCAGCCUCGCCACAGCAAGACGCGCGAGUCGCCCAACCACAAAAUCUAGUUCAGUCUACAUCCUCAUAAGCGGCACGGCGUUGUCUCAGAGGAAACAGAGCAGGGAAAACACGAGUCUUUCCUAAAGGUAUACCCUCUGUUGGUUACUAAGUUGCUCGGCUAGUCAACAUUGGCAUUGUGCUCCUCGCUUGUUUGUUGUCGGGGAGCUGGAUUCAGUUGAGGCGGCCUUUUUCUCUCUGGUCAUAGGGGUCCAUUGGUAAGGCUAGAGGCGGAAUAAUGGCUUUAUAUUUUCCCACAAAGUCAUUAAAGGCGUUAAUAGGAAACAUACACAAAUAUUAUGGCAAACAGGGAGGCUAGAUUCCGGUAGAUUCAUUUAUGUAUGGAUAAGCAGGUUUCCAGGUAGAGAAAAUACAGCGUAAGUAGGUAUUUCAGCAGCACGCAUGUAUCCCUACCUACAUAUCUACACAGGCCAGCUUGAUAGUCAAUGCCCG